AGUAUUUGGGAAAUUUUAUUUCUUGUUCAUAAGUACAAUGCCAUCGGAAUCUAGGAUAUUGAGCUAGUUUCCCUCCAAAAACUAAAAGUAGGGAAUAGGGAUGAAAAAUGGGGGAAACCCAGAAACCCCAAAAUUGAAAAACCAUGGCUUCACUCAAUUCCAGCAAAAAUGGCGAUUUUAGAAGUAGUAAUUUGACAGAUUCAGUGCCGAAGAAACAAAAGAAUGGAAUCACUGGAACUGCAGAAACCCUAGAUCGUAUCAGUCAGUUGCCGGACUCACUCCUUGUUCAAAUUCUCUCUCUUUUGCCGACCAAAGAUGCGGUGGCAUCUUGAGUUUUCUCAAAAAGGUUCUCCUGCUUUGGAAACUCUGGAGUUGUCUUCAUUCGAUGGUUUCCGUCGUCUAGAAAUCACUUCUUCAAAUUUAAAGAGACUAACGUUGAAUCGCUACAGGGGGUUUUAUGGCAGAGUUGAAGAUCCUUUGGAAAUUAUUGCGCCAUAUCUUCAGUAUUUGGAGAUUUUAGGAGAUCUUGAUUAUCUCAAGUGUAGGCUAGUAAAUGUCUCCUCUUUGGUUAAUGCAAGACUCACUUUUAGCAUUACAUGUAUCACUGACAUCUGGGGGGUUGAUCCUGAUGCUGCAGAACACAGUUGUGCUGAUUAGCAUCAAAAUUUUAGAAACCUUGUUCUGGACUAUCUUCAAAAGCUGAGUUAUGCAACUGAGCUAAUAAUCGGACGUUGGUUAGCAGAGGUUUGUUUUCACGUCAAAAGUCCUUAUUCUCUAUUUGAUUUCUACUAAGAAUUGCAGAGUGUAAACCUGAGAAAGAGAAGAGCCUUCAGAAUCUAAUACAAUUAUGAACUUAUGUAUACAUGAAAGUUUCAGUGGAAAAAGAUUUUUUGGUUGAGUAAUUGAAUUUUAUAAUCCAUAUAGAAAGAUCUUGUCUUUGCCUUUUAUGACCUUUCAUGAUCUUCCUAUCUACUCUUCAUGACGAUAUUCAAGGGCUCUUGUGAACGGGCGAUAGGCAGGGCCUAGACCGGCAAGUACAAACUCGGCGAGUUCAUCAUUAUGGACUGGGUUUUGCAGAACAUCAAGCUUAUCUAAAAUCACCUUGUCUCCUUGAGCAUAGCUCUCAAUGGUGGCAUUAUCUCGAUGCAAAAUAUGCAAUUGCGUCUUUAGUUCACGAACUUGUGGCUUAGAACCUGGCGCAUAGACCAUCACGAAUUUAUCCCAGGCUUCAUGAGCAGUUUCUGCUCCAGCCAACUGUGGUAAAACACUUUCUGAAACCGAAGCAACAAUCCAGCUCAACACAAGUUGAUCUUGAUGAAUCCAAGAUUUAUGGAUUAGGUUGUUUAUCACCUAAAAACUCGGGUGGUAUUGGUUCGCUACCAUCAAUAUGAUGGUUAAGACCACAAGCACACACCAUGGGAAGAAAUCGAGUCUUCCAUAACAGGAAAUUCGACGAAAUGAGCUUUACGGGCAGUUAUGACCAAGAUUUAGUGUUGAAGAAUAUGCAAUCAUUGUAUUGCUUGAAGAGUCCGUGUCUUUUGCUUUUGCCUUUUAUGACCUUUUAUGAUCUUCUUAUCUACUCUUUGAAGUUGGAUAAUUUUUACCGGCAAUCAUUAUUUUAGACACUUUUUGUUCAUUAAAGGGUUAGAUGGUUAGAUUGUCAUAGCACUACUUUUUUUGUGGGUUAUUUUUUCUUUCCUGUUUC